AUGCCCGUUGUUGAUGCCGUGUACAGUGCAGAAAUUCGAAAAGCUCGUCGAGACUUACAUCAUCUGAUCUCUAGCAAAAGUUGUGCCCCGAUCAUGCUCCGUUUAGCAUUUCAUGAUGCUGCAACUUAUUGCAAGGAGACGCAGACGGGAGGUCCAAAUGGCUCCAUUAGGAAGCCGGAAGAGUUUGAACAAAGCGUUAACAAAGGACUGAAAACUGCCAUUGACUUUUGCGAACAAAUAAAGUUAAAGCAUCCAAUAAUUUCAUAUGCUGACAUUUAUCAGCUUGCGGGUGUCGUUGCUGUUGAGGUCGCCGGUGGUCCUACCAUUGAAUUUAUUCCUGGUAGAAAGGAUUCGGAGGAAUGGACGGCAGAAGGCAGACUCCCGGAUGCUGAAAAAGGCGCAUCAGAUCUGAGGGCCAAGUUUAAUCGCAUGGGCUUAUGCAGCGACAGGGACAUUGUAGUUCUUUGGGGAGGCCAUAUUCUUGAUAGAGCCCAAGAAGAUAGAUCAGACUUUGAUGGACCUUGGAUUGGAAAGCCCCUCAAAUUUGAUAACUCAUACUUUAAGGAGCUGCUGAAAGCGCACAAGGAUGAGUUCAUGAAGCUGGAUCCAUGGGCGUUGCAAGGGUUCCAAGGAAAAAGGUUGGCGAACUUGCUGAACGAAGAGCCGGAGGGGUUGUUACUGCUUCCUUCAGAUCGAUUAUUGAUGACUAAUGCUUGGUUUCGCUUGUAUGUUAUUACAUAUGCCAAGAAUCCAAAUUCAUUCCUGGAGCAGUAUGCAAUAUCACAUAAGAAACUCUCCGAGUUAGGAUUCAUAAAAAGGCCACCUUUUCCUCUUUACUACGUCUACAUGAAUAAGAAGAAUAAUAAGAGUAACAUGUUGCCACAAACCAUUGCGGGUUUGGCCAUUGCUGCUUCGGUCAUGAUAAUCUGGUAUCGCAUAAGGCGUAGAAAAAAAAAAGAAAGAAAGAGUGGUGGUGGUGGUGGUGGUGGUGGCGCUGAGUGCAACGGUGAUGGUGGUAGCGGCAGCGACAUCGAUGGUGGUAGCGGCGUUGGCGGCGGUGGGCAAUGGGCGGAGGUGGUAGCAGCAGUGAUGGCAAGAUUGGCGUGUGAAAAAAAUAUCACAUAA